AUGGAUGGCCGCGACUUCGCGCCGCCGCCGCAUCUGCUGUCGGAGCGCGGGAGCCUGGGCCACCGCAGCGCCGCCGCCGCCGCCGCCGCGCGCCUCGCUCCGGCCGGGUCAGCUGCGCAGCCGCCCGCGCACUUCCAGCCGGGAAAGUACUUCCCAUCGCCGCUGCCCAUGGCUUCGCACACAGCCAGCAGCCGCCUGAUGGGAAACUCUCCAGCCUCUUCUUUCAUGGGCAGCUUCCUCACCAGCAGCCUGGGCUCCGCGGCCUCCACGCACCCUAGUGGCCCCACCUCCUCCCCCUCUGAGCAGGCCUAUCGUGGCUCCCACCCGGCCACCUCCCAGAUCUGGUUCUCCCACUCCCACGAAGCUCCGGGGUACCCCAGGUUUUCGGGGAGUCUGGCAUCCACUUUCCUACCCGUGAGCCACUUGGAUCACCAUGGAAACAGCAACGUUCUCUACGGGCAGCACCGUUUCUAUGGAACCCAAAAAGAUAACUUCUACCUGCGCAACCUGCCCCCCCAGCCCGCCCUCCUGCCCGCCAACCACAACUUCCCUGGCGUGGCCCGCGCUGCACCCGCCCACCCCAUCGGCUCCUGCAGUCGCGACCGGGGCGAGGCCGGCCCCCUGCAGAAGGGCCCCAAGGAGUUCGACCGCUUCCUCAUGGGCAAGGAGCUGGGCAGAGAGAAGGCCGGCAAGGCGGCCGAGGGCAAGGAGCGCCCGGCGGCCGAGGAGGAUGGUGGCAAGGAGCGGCACAAGCUGGUGCUGGCCGACGGGCACUGCAAGGAGGGGGUCCCUGUGCCCCGAGGCACCUGCGAGGGCCGCCCCAAGCACCCCACCUCCUGCCUCCUCAAUGCCAAGGCCCUCGAGGGCGACUCGGGCAAGGCCACGCUGGCCAGCUGUGCGGGGGGCUCGCUGGGGCGGCCCGGAGUGGGGGCGGUGGCCCCCGGGCGCUGCGCAAAGGAGGCGGUGGGCCCCAUGGAGCCUGGGCCAGCCUUCGGCGAGUGCUUGGAGCGGCGGCAGAUGCUGCACCACGCCGCGUCCUACUCGGUGCCGUCGGGCCUGCCCGCCGGGCCUCCCCCUCCCCUUGGCACGGCCACCGGCUCCUUCCCCUGCCUGCAGCUGCAUGGGGGGCCCGACGGGCUCUGCCCACUGCAGGACAAAGUUCCCCGGGACCUGAAGGCCAGCAGGCCCACCUUUGUGCCUUCCGUGGGUCACCUAGCCGACAAGAGCCGCCCCUUCCAGGCGGCCGAGGCCUGUGCUGUGGUGGCCGAGGGCAAGGACCGGCACCUGGAGGGGGCCCCGGCUUCUGACCACGCUGCGCCCUACGGGGUCUCCUAUGCCCACCUGAAGGCUGAGGGCACGGCUGAGCGGCGGCCCGGGGGCUUCGAGGCAGCCCUCAACCCCCGGCUAAAGGGCCUGGAGUAUCUCAACAGCGCGGGCCCCGAGGCCGCCUUCCCGGGGCUCCCCAAAGGCUGUCUGGACAAAGGCGGCUAUUUCGAGUUGCCUGCGCCUUCACAGGACUGUGCCCGGCCCGGUCACCAGGACCCGCUGGCUGGGAAGGCCAACCAGGCCUGCUGCACUUUAGAUAAGACCGCCCUCAAGGAAGCCCCGACUGGUGCUUCUGGGACCCAGAAGGUGGCCCGGAUCCGGCAUCAGCAGCACUUGGUGGCCCCUGAACCGGAGCCAGGGGGCACGGGGGCCGAGGCCAAGCGCAAGUCCCUGGAGCUGGCUUGUCUGGGCUACGGCGGGUCCCACCUGCCCCCAUGGGGCGUGCAGGCAGGCCAGGGCACCGCAAUGGCCAUCAGCGAGGAGCACAAGGCGGGCACCUACCUGGACCCCUUCGGCAGCGGCCUGCAGCAGGCGGCACUCUUGUCCCAGGAGCUGCCCACCCCGCCGGGCGAGGUCUCGGCCAUGAAGAACCUGCUUAAGUACAGCAACCAGGCCCUGGUCGUGGGCCAGAAGGCACCGUUCGUGGGCCUGGACGGCCUCAAGGCCAGCUGUGCUCAGCAGGAAGCAAAGUUCCCGUCCUCCAAGGGCCCCGGCCAGGCAGAGAGGCCCGACUGUGCCCGCAGCCGGGAGCACGAUGCCCCGCAUGGCGACGGGGAGGCGCGGCAGCCGCCGGUGGGCAUCGCGGUGGCCUUGGCCCGGCAGAAGGAUACGGUGAGCCGGUCGGAGACGGCCUAUGGUGCCAACUCCGGGCGGCAGGGCCGGGCCGCCCCCACGUUCAAAGCCGGCGGGGGGCCCCGCUCUGCACACGCGCUGGACCUGGAGGCCGAGGAGGAGAGGACGAGGCUGUGUGACGACCGCCUGGGGCUGGCUGGCCGCGAGCUGCUGCUGCAGGACAACAAAGACCUCGUGGACUUUGCCCGGAUCCACCCGUCAAGCAGCUGUCCCGGAGACCUGGCCCCCCACCUCAUGAUGCAGGGUGGCCAGCUGGGGGGGGACCCGGCCCCCCACCCUGCCCACCCCCCCUGGCUGCCUCGCACGCGCAGCCCCUCCUUGUGGAUGGGGGGACACUCCUACGGCCUGGGGCACCCCGCCCUGCACCAGAACCUGCCCCCCGGCUUCCCUGCCUCUGUGGCUGGCCCCGUGCCCUCCGUCUUCCCCCUGCCCCAGGACGCCCCCACGCAGCUGGUCAUCCUGCCCUCGGAGCCUGCGCCCCACAGUGCCCCCCACACGCUCGCGGAUGUCAUGGACCAGGCCUCGCUGUGGCCCUCCAUGUAUGGGGGCCGGGGCCCUGCCUCCCACAUGCAGCACGCGGGCCAGCUCCCCGUCUACUCACGCUCCCAGCUCCUACGGCAGCAAGAGCUCUACGCCCUGCAGCAGCAGCAGCAGCAGCAACAGCAACAGCAACAGCAGCAGCAGCAGCAACAGCAGCAGCAGCUGCAUCGGGCCGCCCAGUUCCAGCGGAAGCCGGAGGACCACCCCCUGGAGCUGGAGGAGCCCACCCAGGAGAAGGCCCUGAAGUCCACCCACAAGCCAGUUGCCUUAACCCCCUCGGCCCAGGGCGCCCCCUCGCCCGCCACAGGCCCCAUCAAGCUACCACCUUGCUGCCACCCGCCCACACUGAAGCCCCCUGCCAGCUGCCCCACACCCCCGCCACGGCCUGGCGCCCCGUGCACUUUACCCGUCUGCCCCGCCAGCAGCCCUGGGCCUGGCUCCAAGGUGCCCAGCGCCAAGGACGAGAGUGGGGACGGCCGGCGGCCCGGGGCCGGCGUUGCCUCACUGGAACCAGACCUGCCUCCCGGAUACGCGCACCCCACGGCCAGCACGAGCUUCUCCGCCCCCCUGCCCUCAGACAUGCACUCAUCUGACCUCGAGGACCCCGAAACUAUGCAAACCGCCGCCCCAGGGGCCCAGCCUGAGCCUACAAGGACGUUCCUGCCCGGGGAGCUGCCCCCCUGCGGCCCCGUGAGCCUGGAGGAGCAGCCCGGACUGCUCUUGGGGGCCAGGGAGGCCGCCCAGAACCUUGCCGCCACCCCCAGCCCCGCCAAGCGGGGAGCCCAGGGGACGGCAGUGGACCCCAGCCCACUUGAGGGGCUGCAAGAACUGCAGUGCGGGGCCCUCCUCGAGGGAGGGGUCCCUGAGGCCACCAUCCAGGCUCGUUCUACUCAGGGAGGGGCGCAAGAGGAGGGGAGCAGGAGGGAGGGGGGCGAGGAGGGCGAACAAGGGCUCUUGGGGGCCUCUCCCCCGGCCCUGGAGCAGCAGGCAGGGAGCCCGGACCCCCUGGGUGAGGAGGGGGCACGGCUGGCCCCAGAGGAGGCCGAGCUGGAGCUCAAGCCAGAGGACUCAGAGGAGGAGCCCGGGGCAGCUCCCGACAACAGCCCACCACCCAGGAUGCUACCAGGCCUGGAUGCCUUGGUGGCCGCCACCAUCGACCUGGGGGACCUGCCCAGUGGUGGCCUGCUGGACCCUCAGCCCCUGGCGGCCUCCAGGCCCCCCAGCACAGCCGCUCCCCCUAGCAGCUCAGGGAUUCACGGGAUUGCUCUGCUCAGCGAGCUGGCGGACCUGGAUACCCAGCGGCAGAGCAGCGAGCAGGCCAUGCCAGAGGAGGAGGAGGAUGUGCUGGCCUUCAACCUGCAGCACCUGGCCACACUGGCCACUGCCUGGUCCCUGGUGGAGGCCGCUGGCCUGGACAUGCCCACCACCUCUGCACAGCCCGCCGCUGCCGAGCCCUGUGGUGGCCCCCGGCUCACACCCCGCAUGCAGAUCCUGCAGCGAAAGGACACCUGGGCCCCCAAGACCAAGCCUGUGUGCCCACUGAAGGCCGCCAUCGACCGGCUGGACACGCAGGAGGUGGAGAUGCGCAUGCAGCUGGCGGAGCUGCAGCGGCGCUACAAGGAGAAGCAGCGGGAGCUGGCCCGCCUGCAGCGCAGGCACGACCACGAGAGAGAGGAGAGCUCUCGGAGCCCUGCACGGCGGGGGCCUGGCCGGCCAAGGAAGCGCAAACACUCCAGCUCACUGCCCGCCCUGCGGCCUGGGGGCCAGCUCGCCAGGACUGAUGGCAAGAAAGUCAAGGCGGUGCGGACCAGCCUCAGUCGGCUGUGCGCGGAGCUGCGGGGAGCUGGUGGGGGCGAGCCCGCCCCGAAGCGCAGCAGGCUGGAGAAGAGCGUCUACGCCGGCCUGCAGGCAGCCUCCCUGGAGAAGGCGCGAUGCAAGAAGAGCAGCAGCCAGAGUGGGCUGGCGUCCUCAGUGGCCCACAAGGCAGCCCGGCUGAAGCCAAAGGUCAAGGGCAGGGGGCUGCCCACGGGCCUUGGCCCCUUCCCGCGGGCAGAGGUGAGCCCAGGGAGGCGCAUCCGCAAGGAGCUAUCCCGAGCCAAGAGCGCCAAGGCAUCCAGGGCAGCCCGGCGCCCACAGCCCGAGGGUGAUGGCAGCAGGGAGAUGCCCAGAUUCCCCGCACGGCCGGUGGUGGCCUCGUCCCAUGAGGCAGGCAGUGGCUAUGACAGCGAGGACUGCGGGGGUCUCUUGGGGGCAGAGGCACCACCCAGGGAGCCCGGGCUGCACUCGGGGCCCGGCAUGGCCGUGCUGGGGCCCUCGCCCUCCUCCGUUGUCAAGAUGGAGGCCAACCAGAAGGCCAAGAAGAAGAAGGAGAGGCAGGGCCUGCUCGGGGCCUGCCGCCUGUCCAGCUCCGAGGGCGAGGUGAAGAUCAGGCGGCGGACGGUGAAGGAAAAAGCGGGCACCAAGCUGGAUCGGGCGCCGGGGCGGAGGCCGCCAGGAGCACCAGGCAAGAAGAAGGCCAAGGGCGGCCUGCGGGCAGAGCCAGGGGCCACUCCGGGCAGGGACGCCCUCUUCAGCCCCUCCCGGGCCUUUGCCUGCCGCGAGGAGGGCAGCAAGCUGGCCAGCGAGCGCCUCAAGAGAGCCACGCGCAAGAGUACCAUGCUGCAGCCGGUGCUGCGGCGGAAGAACGGGGCCCUGUCCAUCGCCCUGGCCGCCCGCAACGCCAAGGCCAUCCUGGGCAAGGGCCGGAAGCUGGGCAAGGUGAAGAACAAGAGGGUCCGCAAGCAGGGCAAGGGCCGGGCCGUGAGCCGCCUGCUAGAGAGCUUCGCCGUGGAGGACGACUUCGACUUUGAUGACAACAGCAGCUUCUCGGAGGAGGAUGAGGAGGAGGAGGACGAGGAGGCCAGCGGCCCCCUGAGCGCAGAGCAGAGCGCAGCCCUGGCGCGCUCCUGCACCAUCCACAAGGAGGACCUGCAGGACGGGCUGCCCGUGCUCAUUGCCAAGGAGGACAGCCUGCUGUAUGCGGGCAGCGUCAGGACCCUGCAGGCCCCCGACAUCUACAGCAUCGUCAUCGAGGGCGAGAGGGGCAACCGGCAGAGGGUCUACUCGCUGGAGCAGCUGCUGCAGGAAGCGGUUCUCGAUGUGCAGCCGCAGUCUAGCCGGUACCUCCCGCCCGGCACCCGCGUCUGCGCCUACUGGAGCCAGAAGUCCCGCUGUCUGUACCCAGGCAAUGUGGUCCGAGGCAACUGUGCUGAGGAGGAGGACGACCUGGACUCCGUGGUGGUGGAGUUCGACGAUGGGGACACAGGCCACAUCGCCGUCUCCAACGUCAGGCUCCUGCCCCCAGACUUCAAGAUCCAGUGCACAGAGCCGUCCCCAGCUCUGCUCGUGUCCACCAGCUGCCGGAGGACCAAGAAAGCCUCCAGCGAGGCCCCCCCACCCGGUGAAGCCACCGCCCCCAGCCUGUCCCCCAAAGCGCAAGACAGCUCCGAAACCUCAAAGACCCCUGGGAAGAAAUCCAUGAGCAAAGAUAAAGCUGGCAAAGCCGAACUCCUAACCUCAGGUGCCAAAUCCCCCACGGGGGCCUCAGACCACUUCCUGGGCCGCCGGGGCAGCCCCCUGCUGAGCUGGUCCGCGGUGGCACAGACCAAGCGGAAGGCGGUGGCCACAGCCACGGCGGGCAAGGGGCCGGGGGUGUUGCAGAACCUCUUCCAGCUCAACGGCAGCGCCAAGAAGCUGCGGGCCCACGAGGCUCUGUUCCCCGUGCACAGCAUGGCCGCGCCCGUGUUUGGCAACGGCUUCCGUGCCGACUCCUUCAGCAGCCUGGCCAGCUCCUACGCGCCCUUCGUGGGCGGGGCAGGGCCAGGCCUGCCCGGCGGAGCCCACAAGCUGCUGCGGGCCAAGAAGGCUGAGCGGGCGGAGGCCGAGAAGGGUGCACGGCGGCGGGCGGGCAGUGAGUUCCUGGUCAAGCUGGACCACGAGGGCGUGACGUCCCCCAAGAACAAGAACUGCAAGGCGCUGCUCAUGGGGGACAAGGACUUCGGCCCCAAGCUGGGGCGGGCCCUGCCCAGCCCUAGCUAUGCGCACCCGGCCCUGGUGGGCAAGGACAGGAAGGGGCGGGCGCCCGUCCACCCGCUGCCCAUGGGGCUGGCGCUGCGCAAGUUCGCGGGCCAGGCCGAGUACCCACUCCCCUGCGACAGCGACUGCCACAGCUCCUACUCGGACGAGGACGAGGACGGGCCGGGGCUGGCGGCUGGCGUGCCCUCCCGCUUCCUCACCCGCCUGUCCGUGUCGUCGUCCUCGUCCGGCUCGUCCACCUCGUCCUCCUCGGGCUCCGUGUCCACCUCCAGCCUCUGCUCCUCGGACAACGAGGACUCGUCCUAUAGCUCGGACGACGAGGACCCUGCCCUGCUGCUGCAGACCUGCCUCUCCCACCCCGUGCCCGCCCUCCUGGCCCAGCCCGAGGCCCUGCGCGCCAAGGGGGGGCCCCACACGCACGCCCAGCGCUGCUUCCUGUCCAGGGCGGCGGUGGCCACGGGCGCCGGCCCCAGCGGAGGCAAAUCCAAGCUCAAGCGCAAGGAGGCCCUGAGCUUCUCCAAAGCCAAAGAGCUUUCCCGGAGGCAGCGGCUGCCCUCCGUGGAAAACCGGCCAAAGAUCUCAGCCUUCCUGCCUGCCCGGCAGCUCUGGAAGUGGUCAGGGAACCCCACGCAGCGGCGUGGCAUGAAGGGGAAGGCCAGGAAGCUGUUCUACAAGGCCAUUGUCCGGGGCAAGGAGACACUGCGUGUUGGGGACUGUGCCGUCUUCCUGUCGGCCGGGCGGCCCAACCUGCCCUACAUUGGCCGCAUCGAGAGCAUGUGGGAGUCGUGGGGCAGCAACAUGGUGGUGAAGGUCAAGUGGUUCUACCACCCCGAGGAGACCAAGCUGGGCAAGCGGCAGUGCGACGGCAAGAACGCGCUGUACCAGUCGUGCCACGAGGACGAGAACGAUGUGCAGACCAUCUCCCACAAGUGCCAGGUGGUGGGGCGUGAGCAGUACGAGCAGAUGGCCCGGAGCCGGAAGUGCCAGGACCGGCAGGACCUCUACUACCUGGCUGGCACCUACGACCCCACCACAGGGCGCCUGGUGACGGUCGACGGCGUGCCCAUCCUGUGCUGAGCCCGCCUGGCAUCCGGCGGCCUUUGGCACUGAGCGGUCAGGCCGAGCGCCAGGGGCGUCUGAGCAGAUGCGCGAGCCUGCCAGGCAGGGUCCACGUCCCCUGUGAUUUCCCUGGAAAGAGAGAGCUCCCGGCCGGCCGCAGAGCCCGGUCCCGUCCCACCUGCUGCAGAGGGUCGUGCUGUGCCCCUGCCGGGACCGCCGGCCUGCCCGCCGCACGCGCGGGCGCUCUGUUUUCCGCAUCGGCAGUUCACGAGAGAUUAGAAUCCAAGCCAUAUUUCCCUAGUACCUCCGACCGUCUCCCACCAGGGAAAGCAGAAAUCAGGUGUGUUGUCUAUUUAUUUCUCUAUGUAAAUAUUGUAUUUCUGCGGGGAAAUUCUAUGGAAGAAAGUGGAAAAGGAUUUUCCCCCAUCCGCGUGACGAGGGUGUGUGCGUGUGCGUGUGUGUAGGGACUGUGUUCGGGGGUUUCCUUCGGAAAUGCACUGUUCUUGGCCUAGCUGAGUUCCGACUGGGGCAUCUGUGACGACGAGGCAGCUCGGGGUGGGAGCAGAGGCCAAAGGCCACGGGAGGGUCAGGUGGGACCCUCGGGGGCACCCUCUAAUCUCUUGGGGGGCUACUGUGUAAGGUGAAAGUCACACUCGAGUUUCCUUCCUGUCAAUGCGUCCCUAGGAAAAUAGUCCUGGGGGGUGAGGAGGGCCACAGCGGAGAAGGAGCUCCGGGCUCCAGGCGCAAACAGUACCAGUGCCCGGCCCGAGAGUGGCGGCGGCCACGUGCAUCUUACCUCUGUUUAAAAAGAAACAAAGAAGAACAAGUAUUUCAAAGUAUUGAUAAGAAAAAGUGACAUUUUGAUUUUAUUUCCUGAAUAUUCCAAUUUAUAUCUGAUUUCCGUUUUCACGGCCAGUUAGUCCAAGGGGAAGGAGUCUAGGCUUCACCCGGACAGGGAGGGGGCCGGCCCCUCACCCACCUCUGCGCCUCCCUCCUGCCCUAACGCUGGGGAAGCAGGUGGGGCUAUGAGCCCCUCCUCACCCUCCCGCCCCCACCGUCCUUUCCUCGGGGCAGCAGGUGAUCUGGGAGUUCCACCGGAUUCAUCCUCACCUCCUCCCCAGUCACCUUCCCUGGUGCCCCAAAACCCCUGGCCAACCUCGCUGGCCUGCUCAGGGCUUGGGUGACAAGGCCAGGCCAGAGGUUCAGGACUGGGGGACAAGAAAAUAAAAGGCCCUGCCGUCACCACCCACCCCGGCCUGGGCCCCAAGGAGGUUUCUGGGCGUUCUCUGUGGCCACUGGAUGGCCUGUUGCAGUCGUGCCUGGGGCAGAGCCAGGGCCCCGCCUGCCCGCCUGUGCCCAGGUCCCGGCCCCCAGUGCAGGGAGCAGCCCUCGGGGCAGGAGAACUCGGCACCCUUCACCUCCUCCCUCAGCCGACAAGGACAGACAGGGCCGGCCGGACCGGACCUGCAGCCGCAGCCCCUCAUUCUCAGAAAGGUGUCAGGGGCCCCUGCUCCCAUGUCUGUCCGCGACAAGGCUCUCCCGGCCCCACAGGCAGCCGCUGCUCUGGGCUGAGCUCCGUGUGCGCCACAGCCAGGUCCCUCAAAAGAGGGGUUGUGGGGGCCCCACACCCCAACCCCGGGCCCUCUCAGCCCCCACUUCUUUCUCAGGCUGCCCAGGAACCCGCUCUCCUCCUUCGGGGCCUGUUUCUCCCGCCUGCUGCAGGCCCCCCGGGUGCCCCUCCAGGUGGCUCCACAGGACGCUCAAGGUGGGGGAGGGCUGCUUUGUGACGGGGACCCCCAGCUUUCCGGCCCCACCCCGAGUUUACCCUUUGUCUCGGCACGAGUGCAAUAUGUCGUUCCUGGUGGGUGUCGGGAAGAUGGUCGCCAAGGCCCUGCCUGAGGCUUGGGAACCAGAAAGAUGUCACAGGAAGAAAAGCGCGGCCAGGCACGAAGGCCCCUGGGACAGCUGAGAUGCUGGAAUGAGAAUUAAGGCCACUUUACAACCCACAAGCCGAGGCGUGAGCGCCAGGGGAAGGCCCCUCUCUUGGCAGCCUCGUUCCUUGCCCCUUCUGCCGGGUCCCCUCUGCCCUUCCGUUUCUCUCCCCUCCCUCCUUGCUGUGUGUGUGCGCGAGUGGCGUGACCCUCCCUCUAUCCGUGGUUAAACGUGGCAAAAGCACGAUUCUUGUAAAUGUGUAAACUAAGAGGAUGGUUGGAUUUUUUUUCAAUGUAAACACUAAAAACAAAACAAACAAAAACACAAAGGUUUUAUGAACAGCAAACUCUAUGUAAAGGCGUUUUAGUAUUAAAUUUUUUAUUGAUAACUUG